AUGAAAACUUCUAAACCACUUGGGGCCUUUGCCAAUUCUGCUACGGGUUAUGGUAAAAAGCCAACCAGUGCAUACUCAUCGAAAAAACCUUACAGCAAGAGCUCAAAUUCUGCAAAAGACGAAGUGAAAUCAGUGGGGAAUAAAAAAGACGAUAAACCCAAAUGUGAACAUCAGAAGGAGUUGGAUGAUGCAAAUGAAUUGAAUUCGGGUUUCGGUACCUAUUUGCGAUCCAGUGAGGGUGUUGAAAUGAUGAAAUUAUUUGUCUUUGCCAAUACGAUUAUGUUGAUCCUUACCAUGGCCUGGCCACAAUUUAAACAGCAGUACAUUUGGUUAAUGCAGUGGUUGGAUACCUUCAGAGAAGAAUAAACC